AUGCAGCACUCCAUUUUGAAUUCCUUCAUUGCAUUUUUUAAUGGAGGCAAAAGAUCAUUUCAACUAAAAAUUGAUCUAGGAGAAGAGAAGGAGGAGGAGCAGCAGAACGGGAUGGAAAGAGGAGCAGUUGGUUGUCUUCCUGAGGAAUUGGUGAUCGAAAGCAUUCUGACCAGAUUACCAGCCCGGACUCUAGGUGCUUGCUGUUGCGUCAGUAAGUUAUGGUACAAUUCAAUCCUUAAAGAUUCUAGAUUUUCAGUAUUUCAUUACAUUCAAAACAAAAAUAAACUAUUUCUAGUCUUUAAUAUACUUAAUCUAUUGAGAGGCGGUAUAGAAAGUAAUUACUGGUUCAGUCUAUUAGAACGAGAAAAGGUUGUUAUCAGACUUAUUUCAGGUCAAAAUAACCCGAGGCGUAUAUAUGAAUUAGUAGGCUUUUGCAAUGGUUUACCUUGUAUAAAGCUAGUCGGUAAACCUACUGACACUUGUGGUUACAUAACUAUCCUUAACCCGAUCAGGGGUGAUUCACUUGUCCUCUCAUAUAUACUUAUGGUAUCAUACAUACACUUGUGUCAUGGUUUUGGUUAUGAUUCAUUAUCACAAGUAUACAAGGCUGUCAUUAUUUUUGCUUCAAAAGCCAACGACGAGUUUCUUUGCAUGGUUAUUACACUGGGAACCAUGUCAUGGAGAAAGAUAAUUACUAGUAUUCUUGAUAUCUCACCGCCACCGGGUUCUUCUCCUUUUCCUAGCCGAAUGAUCACUAGAGUCUCGAGAACUCUAUAUAGACAAGCCACCUUUUGCGGGGGUGAUCUUUAUUGGAGGACCAAGAAUAAAGUUGCUAAUAAUGAUGACGAGAUUGAAAUGUUGCUCUCACUCGACCUCCACAACGAGAAGAUUCGCUUCAUUCGACUCCCGACUGGAUGUACUCCGACACAUGAGGGUCAGUAUUUAAUAAUUGAUCAUCUUCUGGAGUUUAAAGGAUACCCUUGUAGUGCACGUUAUGAGAGGAUGCCCAACAGUAUUUAUCAUUGUGGCCAUCGUUGUAAUUAUCAGACUGGUGUUUGUUGA